CUGUCUCUCACUUCCUGCUUCGCUGCGGCUCCUCUGAACUUUUUUCCUCCGGUGUCAUGAGGAGAGCUGCGGUUUGACGAGGCAGGAACCGUGUAUCGGCUUGGUUUCGCGGGACAGACCUGGAAAGCAACCAGCGGACAAACUCUAUGAUUCGACCUCAAAAAAACAGGAAAUUUAUUUAUUUCCAGUGUGCACCAAAUCCUGAAACAUGGAGGAUCCAAACAGACCUCAGCGUAAAAUGUCAACAGCAGGAGACAGCCUGUACGAAGUCCUGGGCCUGGAGAAGGGAGCAUCCCAAGAGGAAAUAAAAAAGGCGUACAGGAAGUUGGCAUUGCGGCAUCACCCUGAUAAGAACCCAGGUAACCCAGAAGCUGCUGAGAAAUUCAAGGAAAUCAACAACGCCAACGCCACCCUCAGCGACGAGAACAAGCGGAAGAUCUACGACGAGUAUGGAUCCUUGGGACUCUAUGUGGCGGAUCAGUUCGGGGAGGAGAGCGUCAAAUAUUACUUCCUCAUGUCCAAGUGCUGGUUCAAGGCCCUCAUGGUGUGCUGCAGUGUUUUCACCUGCUGCUGCUGUUUCUGCUGCUGCUGUUUCUGCUGCGGGAAGUGUAAGGCGCCAGAAGACGAGGAUUUCGUCUAUAUGGAUCCGGAGGACCUGGAGGCGGAAAUCAGAGAGCAGGAAGCAGAAGGAAACGAUGUAAAAACUAUUCAGCCCGGCGCCACUGCCGCCAAUGACACUUCAGGUGGAGUUGUCACCUCUCCAGGUGAGAGCGUACCGAUCAUGAUUCAGCCUCACGCCACCAACGGCACCUCGGGGCCCGCAGUUGUCCCGCUGCCAGAGAAAUGAAGAGGAGCGAGCGCGACGGCUUCAGGUUCUGGACUGCGUCAUAAAACCGCGUCAUCAGCGGUCGUGUUGAUCAUUUACAAACUGCCUGAUGAUGAGUAUAAAUGCAGUUUCUGUUUGAAUGUGGUUGUUUUGUUUUCCUCAGAAGACUGUGGCUGACACGCAGGAACACAUUCAUCUCAGAGGGGGUUUUGUUUACAUGAGCGACUUGAUUGUGCCAUAGUUUUUUUGUUUUGUUUUGUUUUGUUUUUAAAGUGCCAACGGGUUUGUCUUUGAUCCAAUCAUGUAUUUAUUUCUUUAAAAAAAAUUUUUAUUUUUGAAUACUGGGCAGUAUCUGGACUGCAGUGACAAAGCCGUGCAGAUCAAAUGAGCUCUGGAGGAUUCGUUUUUUCAUGUUGCACUUUAAACUGUCAAAUUCAUGUUAGAAAUCCUAAAGCUGCCACAAUGGUCUGAUGUGACUGAAGAUGAAUCUUGAGUCCAAUUUAAUGUUUUUUUUGUUGUUGUUUUUUUUUUUUUAAUGCAACAUAAAAUGCUGAUUCAGGUUCUUCAGAUUGUUAGAGGCCAACCACUCAGACACUUAAGAUGUAUUCAGUCAUAAUGUAAAUAAAUACAUAUUAUAGAAACAAGAUAAGGGCUUCCAUGAAAUGUACAGACAGGCUGCACUCCCAUAGAUUUCUAGCAAAAUCACACAAGUACCUUCGUUAUUAAUUAAUCUGCCGAAUGUUCUCUCAGUUAAUCUGUAAGAUGUCAGAAAAACGCCCAUCAGAUGUUCUCUAAACUCAAGAUGACGUCUUAGAAAUUGCUUGUUUUGUCCAACAACAAGUUAAUCUGCAACUUUUUUUGAUAAUUAAAUCGUUUGUCAUUUUUCAAGCAUUAACGCCAAACGUUUAAUUGUUUAAACCACUCAAAUGCGACAAUAUGCUGCUUAUAUUGUAGUUAUUUAAAUAUCUUUUGCACUGUUGGUCGGACAAAACAAGCAAUUUAAUGACGAUGGAAAUUUCUCACAUUUUUCACAUUUUCUUGUCUGUUUUAUUGAUAAAAUAAUAAGCAGAUGAAUCCAUGAUGAAAAAGAUCCUUAGUUGCAACCGUGAUUCAGUUUAUUGUAUCAGAAAAACAGCAAAUAUUCACAUUUUCAUUCACAAAAUCAGUGAACAACAUAAAAAAUUGGUUGCUAAUUGUUCAAUUAAUCGAUAAAAGCUCAAAUAUACAGUAUGCAGUAUUUAAAUUGAUAGGAAGUGUUUCUAUUAUGCAUAUUUGGCCAGCUGCACUGUACCUGCUCAUAAGGUGACCUCAAGAAAAAAACACGAGGGGUUAAAUAAUUUCAGAGGCACUGAUAAGACUCUGAUAUUCUCUGAAAAGCUUUCUUCUUACACUUUACACUAAAAUGAAACAGUAAAACAGUAAAAAGCUCGACAACAAAAAAAACCUUUUUGAUUUGUUGAUGUAUUUUUGAUGAUAUCCAGAUGAUCCAGAUGUUUUUCUCUGUGGUGUUUGAGAUGUUUUAUUGUAGGUACAAUGAACUGAUGCUAAAGAGAAGAAUCAUGUUUUUUUAAUGUAAAUUUCAGAGAUAUAUUUUUGAUUGGAAGUUUUAUGACACAUUAGUGUGUAUUAAGAUUAAAAAGCCUUAAAUGAUGUAAACCUUCAUGUUAUAUUUUUCUUCAUGCUGUGUGUAGAAAUGUCGGUUUUAUGCCUCAUUUUUACAAUUUGAUCUGUACUUUUAUUCCAAGACAGCAGGAGGAGUGACAGUCUUAUGUAUCGAAGUCUUGGUUUUGUAAACGACUGUUUUGCCAGCGACAAAUGUGCCUGAAUACAUUUAACUGGAAUAAAGUCUUUUGUUAUUAUUUUUUUAUUUUAGUUUUUUUGAAUGUUUUGAUCAAAGAUGAAAAAGGAAAAACUAUAUAUUCAUGUUUCAUCAUCUCAACAUUCCUGGGGUUUGUUUUUUUUCAUUCUUUCAAACUUUUACAUGUUUCCAAACUAUUUGUCUCUGUAAAAUGUGUUUUUGUCUGAUCAAAUAAACUCGGGUGAUAUUCAUAA